AUGUCACCUGAGGAGAAACAGAAGGAAACCAUAUUACGAUCCGAUUUCUUGGAACUCAAGCCGAAGAAAAGGCGAGGCAAAUGUUUAGGAGCAGCUGAAGAAGUUUUGACUGAGAUGAUGAAUGACACCGUGAUAACAACACCAACAUACUCCUAUAUCAGUAAUGAUAUAUGGUUUCAUCUGGCCAAUCAUAUUCCACCGGAAGAUGUACAAAGAUUCGCACUGAUUUGCAAACCGAGUGCCGAUUGCCUGAAAACUCGAAACUUUUGGAUGCAGUUGUAUCAGAAAUAUUGUCAAAAAUCCAAAGAUAAAAGUAAAUGGAUAUUAGACUUACCAUCCGAUUUGCAAAUGCAUCAGCUGGCUGAAUGUGACACUGAAAUAUUAAGGCAACAAGUUAUUAAAGCACUCUUCUACUGCCAUCAACCAUUUGUUGAUCGCCUCAAAGAGAAUUAUAAAUUAGACUCAUUGGUGGGUAAAAUCUAUCAAUCUUCGUGGCAUCUUACGGUACAAUGUGUCUGGAUCAUGGUGUAUAAGUUUUGUGAUAAUAACACCAUACAAAAGAAUUCAAAACAUUUCAAAGAAGAAUCGACCAACAAUGAUCGACAAAAUGUUCAUGAAAUUGUCAAUGAUUGGGAAUCAUUGGCCGAUGAUGAAAGCAAUAAUAAUAAUACUACAACUAGUCACUCUCCUGCAGCUAGUUGUAAUGGUUUAAGUCUCUUGAUUAUAUGCUGUAAUCAUUAUGUACCCUUCCCCUCCGAUUUCCUUUGUACAAAUUCUUCAUCCACAAUCCGUCUACAGAAUACAAGAGAAUUUUUAUCGACCGACAUGAGAUCAACAAAUUUAGAAUUGGAGUUUGUCUCGUUGACAAAAGAUCAAAAACUUAGCUGGAAAUAUCCGCAAAUACAAAAGUAUAAAGUACUGCCAUGGUGGCAUCCAGAUUUUAAUCGUUUUAAUAAAUGUGAAUUAUAGCUG